AUGGGAAAGAGAGAAAUGAGACAUAGAACUCCUAGCAUUGGUCCAGAAAUUGUUGCCAGCCGAAGCACCAGCCCCACUUCAAUCUAUGUGCAGUGGAACCACACAAUUCCAGAAAAUAAAGUCAAUGGCAUUUUGAUCGGUUACACAGUCCAUUGGAAUGACGGACGUUUUGACCAUGGUCACCCUUACAGCUCAAAGGGUGUCAAGGAUCUUGAGCUUAACGCCACAAAUUACACUAUAACCUCACUUCACGAAUACUGGCCUUAUUCAAUUUCUGUGGCUGGACGAACAUCGAAAGGAGCUGGAAUACGGACGUUGAGGAAAGUGACAACCAUUGACGAUGCUCCUUCAGAGGCACCGUACAACAUUCAGCUUCACAUGGUGAAUGCAACUACUUUAAAUGCUAUUUGGCAAGAUGUGCGUUUAAUUCACCAAAAUGGCAUUAUUCUGGGUUACCGUGUUCGCUUUCACCAUGCAGAUGGCGGUCUGCUAUUGUGGAACAUGACCGUUAGACCAGACGUCCAUGAUUUCCUUUUCUCUAGUCUUUCGAUCUUCCAGAAUUAUUCGGUACAGAUGCAGGCUUACGCCAGAAAAGGUGAUGGGCCGUGGAGUAACAAAGUAUAUCAGUUGACGGAUGAAUCAACCCCUAUAAAUUCUCCUGUCAAUCUGAGAGCUUACAAUGUCAGCUCACGGGAAAUUAAAGUUCUUUGGAACUACGAUCAUAACCCUAGACUGGUUCUUGGCCGCUUGCAAGGUUUCACACUGUAUUUUCAGGAGGCCAAUGCCAGCGAUAUUUUCCCAGAAGAGGCAAACUUAAAAACUUUUGAAACUCGUAACAAAACUCUGCGAAGUAAGAUCGCCGCAGAAUUGAAAAUAUACCGGCUAUACAACAUUACUAUAGCAGCUCGGACAGCCAAGGGUACAGGUCCCACGAACGAGUCAUUUGUGGUCCGAACUCACGGUGAAGUCCCUGGCGCUUCCCCCCAGGCUCUCACUGCCUACAACACAAGUAAGUCCAGCAUAUAUGCCCGAUGGCAGGAGAUAGUGGAAGACAAACAGCAUGGAAUCAUGCUGGGAUACAAGCUGUUUGUAUACGAGUUAACAGGUAAUGGUUCAAAAACUGUGGAAAAUCGCACUUACGGGUUGGAUAAAGUGGAGACCAACUUCACAAGACUAAAGAUAUUCACCAAAUACAGGAUAGAGGUUCUGGGGUUUAAUAAUUAUGGAGACGGUCCGAUUGUGGCUGUGGAUUUGUUUACUGAGGAGAGCGUUCCGAGUCAGCCGCCCUCUAAUUUCACAGCUUACAAUGAGAGUUCCACCAUACUCCUUGCCACUUGGAAACCUGUGCCCAAAUGUUGUCGGCUCGGAAUUAUUCGAGGUUAUCAUGCAACAUUGACAGACCCAAGCAACACUUCGGUGACAAUAACAAAAACGGUUAUAAGGUCUGGUGUACGGUUCCCGAAGCUGAAAAAGUUUCAUACCUAUCAGAUAUCCAUUGUCGCAUUUACAUCUAAAGGAAAUGGAGCCAACGUUUCAACGUUAGCGUCUACCGAUCAGGAUGUUCCGGACGCACCACCACAGACUGUAACCGGUCAUAACGUAAGUCAGACAGAGAUAAAGUUACUAUGGCGGCCGGUUCCUCUAGACAACCUUAACGGAAUUUUGAUGGGCUAUAAAGGAUCUUGCCGGAUAGCAAAGGGAAACCAGCCUAGUACUGAAAAGCAGUUCAACAGCUCUGUCUUUGAGGGAGUACUAGAUGGAUUAAACGCUUUUACGACCUACGCAUGCAGUGUCAGGGCGUUUACUAUCAAAGGCGACGGUCCACCCAGUUCAGAUAUACUUGUGAAAACUGAGGAGGAAGCACCUCGAGUAGCACCAACAACCUUUCAAGGGAUAAAUUCAAGUUCAACUUCUAUCUCACUGCAGUGGAGUAAUAUUUCUGCCAUGGACGUCGCCGGAGUACUUAGAAACUUUCACAUCGCUUAUCGCGAAUUAGACACAGCUGACAACACCACGCACACCGUAACUGUGCCACUAGCGAACCUAACAUUUGAAUUAACUGACCUAAGGAAAUACACCAACUACAGUAUUGAGAUUAUGGGAGUUACAAAGUUUGUCGGGAUAGGCACAGAACCGAUAAUAGUUUCCACUGAUGAAGACAUUCCAAGUCUUCCUCCUCAAGACAUCAAGUUGCAAAAUUCCAGCUCCACAAGUAUAUUUGUUCAGUGGAAACCAAUCCCUAAACACAACGUUCAUGGUAAACUCCUGGGAAUCAAGCUUUUAUAUCGAUCUGCACCAAGAGACAACAGCAUAGUGUUCAGGUCCCACGCAAGGCGUUCGAUCGUGAGCGACUGGUCCGUGUACACCGAUAUUACUUUACCUCCGAACGCUCUUUCCUAUAACAUAACGUCUCUCGAGAAAUUUACGAACUAUUCUGUGGAAAUACUGGGUUUCACCUCAAAAGGAGAUGGAAAUGUUAGUCACAGGUUUAUUGUAUCUACGGAUGAGGAUGUUCCUAGUAUGCCGCCAGCGUCUCUUACUCCCAUAUCCCGCAGUGGGGACUUCAAAAUGGAUGUCAGUUGGGAACCAGUGCCGGAUGGUUUUGUACAUGGAAUUCUGUUGGGAUACCGCAUUUACUAUAGAAAGGUGCAAGAGUUAGGAAGAGCCUCUACCUCUGAGACGGAGGCUGUGUCUGUUGGACCUUUUGAACAGAACACCACAGUAACGAUGCUGAAAAACUUUGCAGUUUAUGAUUUGCAAAUUGCAGCUUUCACGAUCAAAGGAGUAGGAGUGUUGACUGAUAUUAAAGAUGGAUCGACUUGCAGGUGCCCCCGAGAGUUUAAAACGACCUGGUACCCGUUCCCCCCGUAUAUCACAUACGAAAACGGCACCGUGGGCGGCUUCAUCCCACGAAUCCUGGAGGGGGCGGUGGAAUAUUGCUGCAGUGACUGUGUCCUCGCCAAUGGCAAACCUGCAACUACUAUCGACUUUGUGCUUGACGGAAAGGGAGGCCUCGCGCAGAAGAGUGGCGUCGAGGCUCUGAUUAGCAGCAUCGAUUCACAGACCGAUUUCAGUACGCCAGUGAAUGGGUUCCAAGGGCAGACACAUUACUCUCUGUACAGAUACGUCAAACUAGCAGAGUCCCCCGGAGUGGGUUUCAUCACUGUGAUGAAUCCACACGAAAAAGCCAUCGCAAUUGCAAAUGUUUUUAUUCGGUCAUGGCCGCUGCUCCUCCUCUCCAUAAUCAUGAUGGUCGCAGUUGGAAUUAUAAUGUGGUUGCUGGACGCCCGAUCUAACAGUCAAGAGUUCCCAGGCUCUUUCACCCGAGGGGCCCCUGAGGGACUUUGGUGGGCCUUUGUUACAUCGACGACUGUGGGGUAUGGUGACCGCUGUCCGAGAGGAGUGUUUGCUCGCUUAUUUGCAAUUUCUUGGACAUUGAGUGGUUUGGUGGUUAUUGCCAUUUUAACUGGAAGAGUCGCCACAGUUCUCACGGAAUUUGGUUAUAAAGGGCCCUACAUACAACUCUAUGGUGCAGAGGUUGCAGCUAUUGCGAACAAUUCUGAUUUUCGACUAGGUGUGCGGAAGAAUGCACGGAUGAACACAGUCCGUAACUACAAGAGUUAUGAGGAAAUUAGCCGUGCUUUGGCAGACCAGGAAGUAAAAGGCGCUUUGGUGGACCUUUAUGUGUUGUCCUCUCACAACCACUUGUUUAAUGACCCUCGCUUCAGGAUCGUUCGGAUAUACGAUUUCAAGACCAGUUAUGGGGUGGUCCUUGCAGGGAACUCUAUGAAGCUGGAGCAGUGUUUUACCGAGCAUAUCAAGGCUUACUCAGGCAGUGUUUUCCAGAAAAUUGAAGACAAUAUCAAGUUUCUCAGGGAACCAGAUCAUAGCCCGGCCGAGCAAAAUUCUACAGAGCUGUUCAGUAUCACCUCUCCACAGUUCAUCAUCGCCGUCUCGAUCAUCGGGUCACUGUUGAUAUUAGCUUGUGUGCUCGGAGUUGUCUACGAAAGGCGACGAAAGAAACCUGAAGUUUUAAUUAAAAGCAAGGACCUUAAGAACGAGAUGUCGCAAGUUUUACACAGCUUUAUUGCCAGAUUAAAGGAAAAGCUAGAAGUGAUCUCAAAGCGGCACAGGGCAGAGAGAUUUCACCUAAAGCACACAGAAAGAGAGCGAGACCAGCAAGCAGCGAGUACAGUACAGAAGUGUUACGAAGUACUGAGCUUGCGUGACAUCCGACAAGAAUGGUCCCCACGCGACGGAACUGUCAGAAGUGUUACGCCAUCGUUGCCUAGCACAAACUUGUACAAUCUAAGGCCGAGGCUAUUUAGUGAGGCGAGAUGUGAUUCGUCUCCCAAUGUUGUAACAAGUCGGAAACUUCCGUUAAGGAGAAAAUCCGGGUUUAACCUUCCUGUCCCACUAGAGCCAGAAGUUCGCAUUAUGGAUCAAACAAACCUUUAGAUGUUCUUUGUAACAAGCUUUUUUCAUUCAUGCCCGUAGAGGCAAAAACGUUUCCCCGAAAAUGUUCCAAAAUGGGCAAAAUGGCAUGAGAAUUUGUUCUAGAGCUUCUUAAAACUUUCUUGGAAAAGAUCCCCCGGACCCCGACCCGGCCCACUGUAAUACAUUACGAUCGCUACAACUGCCAGGUCCCCUCACUUCAAAAAUACGUUCCUACCGGCAAUAUGUUUGUUCCCGCUCGGGCCAAUCACCUGUUUCGAUGACGCGUCAUGCGUGAUAGGAAACUUGGCGUUGUAAAACGAGAGAAAUAUGCUUGUCUCCUGACAAAAACAAUUUUUUUCUCUGAUGGUAACUUUUAUGGUCUCCUGUAAAGA